ACAACCACCAGUAUAGAAAAGGCCUCUCACUUUGUACCACACAUUACCUACUGUUAAAUCACACAAAUCUCAUGUUGAACUCCAAUUUUCAUGGAGUUUCGAUUCUUUCACUUGCUUUGAUUUGAUUCAAUUUUUCGAUCAAAGCAAGAGAUGCUUUCAUGUCAAAAUUCCACUAUGUUUUGCCACAGACGUGCUUUGAUUUUGCGUAAGAAUCCGUUGUUGCUGUUUUUCCCCUGUCAAGGUCUUCGUAGAAAUGUAAAAUUCCGAUGUGUUCUCGAUCAGAUUGUGCCCAAAUUAACUGUUUCAUCGUCGUUAAGCUCUGUGUUGACUUCCGGCAACGCGAUUGCUGCGGCAGCGGCGGUCAGUGGUGGUUCCGUUCACGGAGCGGUUACGUCGGCGAUAACGCAGGUUGCAGUCACCGCGGUUGCGAUUGCAUCCGGAGCUUGCCUUUCUACUAAGGUCGAUUUUUUGUGGCCCAAAGUGGAUGAACAACCUGGAUCACUCUUGUUGGAUGGAGUAGAUGUCACUGGAUACCCCAUCUUCAACGAUGAUAAGGUGCAGAAGGCUAUUGCAUUUGCACGAAAAGCUCACAAUGGACAGCUACGCAGAACUGGAGAGCCGUAUUUAACACAUUGUAUCCACACUGGAAAGAUUGUAGCUGUCUUGGUUCCAUCAACUGGGAAAAGGGCCAUUGAUACGGUUGUUGCGGGAAUUCUCCAUGAUGUGGUUGAUGAUACGGGUGAAAGUUUGGACACUAUAGAGAGAGAGUUUGACGCUGAUGUUGCAAAUUUGGUAGCAGGUGUUUCUAGGUUAAGUUUCAUCAAUCAGCUGUUAAGGAGGCAUCGCAGGUUAAAUGUGAAUCAAGCUGCACUUAGCCAUGAUGAGGCAAAUAAUUUACGAGUGAUGCUACUGGGAAUGGUUGAUGAUCCACGUGUGGUGCUUAUCAAACUAGCAGACCGUCUUCACAACAUGAGAACCAUAUAUGCAUUACCUCCAGCCAAGGCUCAAGCUGUUGCUCAAGAGACACUGGCUAUUUGGUGUUCACUUGCUUCGAGAUUGGGGCUUUGGGCAUUAAAGGCUGAACUUGAAGAUCUAUGUUUUGCAGUGCUUCAGCCUCAAAUAUUUCUUCGCAUGAGAGCUGACCUAGCAUCCAUGUGGAGCCAUCCAAACAGGACAGGCAAUGCAAGAAAAAUAUAUGGCAAAUUCAGCUCCCUUUUGCACCAGAGAAUGAAACGUGUGACCGCUGAGCGCGAAGAACCCUCAGAAACUGAUGAAGAAAACAUAUGCAUGAAGGUUCUUUUGCAAGCUGUACUUCCUUUUGAUCUUUUACAAGAUAGAAAGAAGCGUACUGACUUUUUCAACAAGCUUGUGGCAAAUUCAAAUUUGGAGACAACACCAAAGGUCGUGAGAGAUGCUGCCUUUGCCCUAGGAACUCUGGUAGUUUGCGAGGAGGCUUUGGAGCGUGAAUUAUUCAUUUCUACCUCAUAUGUGCCUGGGAUGGAAGUCACAUUAUCUGGACGCUUAAAAAGCUUGUUUAGUAUUUAUAGUAAGAUCAAAAGGAAAGAAAUUGGCAUAAACAAAGUGUAUGAUGCCCGUGCAUUGAGGGUUAUUGUCGGAGAUAAGAAUGGGGCAUUACACAGCCAGGCAGUUCAGAGUUGCUAUAAUCUUCUCAACAUUGUGCACAGGCUAUGGACCCCUAUCGAUGGAGAGUUUGAUGACUACAUUGUUAACCCAAAACCAAGUGGCUACCAGUCCCUACACACUGCAGUACAAGGUCCCGACAACUCACCUCUGGAAAUUCAAAUAAGAACCCAGAGGAUGCAUGAGUGUGCUGAACAUGGACUUGCAGCGCAUUGGCUUUACAAAGAAACUGAAGAUAAGCUGCCCUUGGUGACCAGUGUAACUGGUUCUGGAACAACUACACCCUCAUUCUUCUCAACAGAUAUUGAAGAUCAAGGUUCUAUUGAAGAUGAUGGGUCACAUAAGUAUAGCUCGUUAAAAGUGGGAGAUCCUGUCCUCAGAGUGGAAGCAGGUCACCUGCUUGCUGCAGUUAUUGUGAGAGUGGACAAGGAUGCAAGAGAAUUGCUUGUUGCUGUAAGUUUUGGGCUAGCAGCUUCUGAGGCAGUAGCUGACAGAAGAUCUUCUUCUCAGACGAAAAGAUGGGAAGCUUUUGCAAGAUUAUAUAAGAAGGUAUCUGAUGAAUGGUGGUGCGAACCAGGACAUGGGGAUUGGUGCACUUGCCUGGAAAAGUAUACACUUUGUCAAGAUGGUAUGUACCACAAGCAAGACCAGUUCGAGCGCUUGUUGCCCACUUUCAUCCAAAUCAUUGAAUUGACAGAGCAGGAAGAAAAUGUUUACUGGGCUAUCAUGUCUGCCAUCUUUGAGGGGAAACCUGUUGCCUCUGUUACAUCUAACCCAAGUUUUGAGAACAAGCUGGGCUAUAACGCUUCUAAUCCGACAUUAAGGGACUCUGGCAUCAACAAUAAGGUAUAUUUGCUGAGGACAAUGCUUCAAUGGGAGAAGCAACUGCGCUCUGAAGCAAGUCAGCGAGUGGUGCUUGCUACAAAACCAUAUGAAGCUAGCUCCGGUUUGCUAGGUGAGGUGGUCAUCGUAUGCUGGCCCCAUGGUGAGAUAAUGCGCCUGAGCACUGGUAGCACCGCAGCUGAUGCUGCUAGGAGAGCAGGGUUGGAAGGGAAGUUGGUUUCAGUAAAUGGCCAGCUGGUAGUGCCCAAUACAAAGUUAAAAGAUGGUGAUGUGGUUGAGAUCAGAAUGUAGAUAUUUUCAAUCACGCUCGGUCUGUACAGCAUGUAUAUUCAUUGCAAUUCUGGGAAGGCGCU